UCUAGCUUAUUCUCUUAUGGCUACUUUGGUUGUGGCAAGUUUUUCACUUAACAUUCCUCUUAAAGUCGAUGCCAAUGAUGAAAAUUAUUCUUAUGGUUAUACGUCUCCACCAAAAGAUUAUUAUCAACCGUAUAAAUCUCCACCGAAAGAAUACUCUCCGCCUUGUGGGCAUGAAUCGCCACCCAAAGGCUCUCCACCGAAAGAGUACUCUCCACCGUAUAAAUCUCCACCAAAAGAGUAUUCUCCACCGAAAGAGUACUCUCCACCGUAUAAGUCUCCACCUUGUGAGCAUAGAUCUCCACCAAAAGAGUAUUCUCCACCGAAACACUACUCUCCACCAAAAGAAUAUUCUCCACCGUAUAAGUCUCCACCAAAAGAGUAUUCCCCACCGUAUAAAUCUCCACCGAAAGAAUACUCUCCACCGAAAUACUACUCUCCACCAAAAGAGUAUUCUCCACCGUAUAAGUCUCCACCAAAAGAGUAUUCUCCACCGAAACACUACUCUCCACCAAAAGAGUAUUCCCCACCAUAUAAGUCUCCGCCGAAAGAAUAUUCUCCACCGAAACACUACUCUCCACCAAAAGAAUAUUCCCCACCGUAUAAAUCUCCACCGAAAGAAUACUCUCCGCCAUAUAAGUCUCCACCGAAAGAGUAUUCCCCACCGUAUAAGUCUCCGCCGAAAGAAUACUCUCCACCAUAUAAGUCUCCACCGAAACAAUACUCUCCACCAAAAGAGUAUUCCCCACCGUAUAAGUCUCCGCCGAAAGAAUACUCUCCACCAUAUAAGUCUCCACCGAAACACUACUCUCCACCAAAAGAGUAUUCCCCACCGUAUAAAUCUCCACCGAAAGAAUACUCUCCGCCAUAUAAGUCUCCACCGAAAGAAUACUCUCCACCAAAAGAGUAUUCCCCACCGUAUAAGUCUCCGCCGAAAGAAUACUCUCCACCAUAUAAGUCUCCACCGAAACACUAUUCUCCACCAAAAGAGUAUUCCCCACCGUAUAAGUCUCCGCCGAAAGAAUACUCUCCACCAUAUAAGUCUCCACCGAAACACUACUCUCCACCAAAAGAGUAUUCUCCACCGUAUAAAUCUCCACCAAAAGAGUACUCUCCUCCGAAAGAAUACUCUCCACCGUACAAGUCUCCACCGAAAGAGUACUCUCCACCAAAAGAGUAUUCUCCACCAUAUAAGUCUCCACCAAAAGAACACUCUCCACCAUAUAAAUCUCCUCCGAAAGAGUACUCUCCACCCUAUGAGCACAAAUCUCCACCAAAAGAAUACUCUCCACCUUAUCAUACGUCUCCGCCGAAAGAGUACUCUCCACCACAUAAAUCUCCGCCGAAAGAAUACUCUCCACCGUGUGAGCACAAGUCUCCACCAAAAGAGUAUUCUCCGCCUUAUCACAAGUCUCCACCCAAAGAGUACUCUCCGCCGAAAGAUUAUAAGUCCCCCGACUCUCCAACUAAUAGCUAUAAGUAUACGUCAAAAGAAUACUCUUCACCAAAUACUUAUUAUUAUAACUCUCCUCCUCCUAUAGCGUACUAUCUUGGAUAAUAUUAUUUUCCUUACAAUGACAACCCUCCACUCAAUUAGCACUAUCCUUAUAGAUAUAUCUCUCCAUGAUCAAAAAGAAAUGGCAUAAGAAAAUCUUAUUAAAACAUGAAGAUAUACUAAAUGAUAUGAUUGAUGCACGGAAAACAAGUAUUAUACACGAGAAUAUUAUAAUAAGCUCAAUUGAAGCAAGCAAAGUUACCAUCUUCGUGUAUUUCUUAAUGCAUAUAGGUGAUGUAGAUUGUGUAUAAGGUCCACGAUUGUGUUUAUCAUAUCAUGAUUGUGUUUUUUAUUUUUAUUUUUAUUUUUUAUUUUUCGCUCUAAUCUUAACUUGUGUGCUUAUGCGUGGAACAUUUGUGUUUCAACCU